AUGGGCUCCAUCAGCAGCCUGAAGGCGACCCUCUCGGACAGCCUUGUCUCGAACUCGGCAGUGAGAGAGGCCUUUGAUAUGGCAAGUUGGGCCACCGACCGUACAACCCGUCUCAAGAAUGUUGUAAUGGAUAGCGAGCAGAAGCACCGGCUUCGCCGCAUUCUAAACCAUUUCCUCACACCAAACGUCAAGCCAGUGUUCGUGGACGACGAGGAGGAGGAGUUGGAUGCUGUUGAUCGGGCCCCCGAUAGCUGGCUUGCCAAGGCUGACGACGCAUUGAAGAUGCCCUACCGCAUGAUUGACGUCGAAACAAAGAACAUGGUACCAACAUAUACGCUCGGCAUGCAGGACCAGUAUUGUAUUGUGUCACAUAGCUGGAAAGGAUCCGAGAUCGGCUACGGGUACUUUGAUGCGGCCAAGAAGUUUGAUCCCAUGGAAGACUCCCAGUCGGAUGUGAUGGAGCCCUCCAAUGACCUGAGUCGGGUCAUCAAUAAGUGCAAGGCUGAUAUCAGGGCGUUGGAGGAGAAAAUCGAAUCCGUGCUUCCCACUGUUACCCCAACAGCCGAUGGACAGCGGCCCAAGGACAUCCAAACGUUGCUUCAAUGGUACACCGAGGCCAAUACUGCCAGUUAUGACUUUGGCAGAGCCCAGAGGGUCCAUCAUGAUGCUGCGGCUGGUGUCUCCAGUGCCGAAAGAGAGACGGAGUAUUAUAACAAUCUUUGGGGGACUCUCAACGCUCUUACGACCACAGAGCCCUCCAAGGAAAAAGCAAUGUCCGAUCAACAAGAUCCUGGAGUACAAGAAGUAAUCUUGGCAAUCGAGAGUUUGAACAACGAUGCAAAAGAACGACGCGAUCAGGCGGAGAAGAAGCUCGCCGCAGCGUCAGACAACCAAGCAAAAUACAAUUCCAUAAUCGAGUUCUUCGAGAAGAAUCGCGAGUUAUGCUAUGGAAUUGAGCAGUUGUUGGGCUCCUUACAGCACAUGCGGUCCUCUCGCAAGAUCUCCAAGUCCAUCGACAUUGCCAAGGAACUCUUCGAUACACAGUUCCUCCGCGGAGGAAAGCGAUACGUGUGGCUCGAUACAUGCUGUAUCAAUAAGGCGGACGGCGGUGAAUUGACCGAGUCCUUGGCUUUGAUGGGUGAUUGGUAUGAGAACGCCGAUUUCUGUCUGGUACACGUGGAUACCCCCAGGUCUGAGGACACUUGGAUUGAAGAAUGGAAGGAGUGGAAGAAUCCCAGCUACAGUGCUGUCCCUGAGAAUAUGGAGACCUUUGAGCAGAUUGGCGCGAAAGGGGCCGACGAGAAAGAGAAGGAAAAGUUCAAGAUCGAAUGGGCAACGCGUGGAUGGACGCUGCAAGAGCUGGUGCUGAGUAAGGUCACUUACUACGUGAAUUCGCACUGGAAGCGAUUGAUCAGACCGGUCGAGUCCAUUGGGCCGUUCUACUUCCUCCAGCCCUUCCUCCCCCAAUUCUUCAUUCAUCCGUUUGUUGAGAAGCACAAGGAAAUCUCCGACGAGCAGAUGGAGGGACUCAAAAAGCUUCUUUCUCAACCCUCUUCCAAGGAUGGUAAGCCUUACCUGAAGGAGGGCAUGUCGACUGAGCAGCAGCUCUCUGUCAUGCUUCAAAUCUUGGGAUUCUACCCACCAAAUGGAAUCAAAGCGAAGACGGCCGCGGCCCAAAUUGGCAAAGCAGUACUCGACGCUGCUGAUCGGCUGCCCAAUACCCUGAAUGAACUGAUGCCGCAGUAUUCUGAUACCCGCUGUCUGGCGAAACUUACCUCGGCUAAAGAGGAUCAGAAUAACAGAAUAGCAGUUUUCAUUUAUUUGCUGCGUCUGCUGAGAGAUGCCACAGACACCACCAUCCUCGAGGACAGGAAGGCCAUUGCAGAGUUCAGCAACAUUGGUAACUUGACCAACUGGAUCUAUGGCUAUGAUCUUAUGGAUUCAUCUGCCAGCACCUCUCUAGUCACUGCAGCAGAUCGAGUCACCACAGUCGCUACUGACCAAGCGUAUUCGUUGAUGGGUAUCUUGGGAGUACGAUUCCCAGCUUUCCCCGCCGAAGGACUUCCCAAAGCUCUGGCCCGUCUUCUGGAUGAGGUUGUGAUCUCAUACAACGAUGUCUCAGUCUUUAACUGGUAUGGUAAACACCACGGUAGUCCUCUUCACGGCCGGUCGCUGUAUCCAUCUAGCAUCGAAGCCUUCGUGGAUCCUGGAACCAACGCCAGUAUCAAAUCUCGGGCAUACGCCAACCAGCGCAUUCUCAAAUCCUUCCGAGCCCAACGUGUGCGACAAAGUGAAACAGCUAGUCAUGUCAAUCUGCUGUUGGCUGAAAUGUUGGGUCUGACGAAGAAACUGCCGAAUGACUGCUCCGUAUUCAUGAAUCUGGGCUAUCUGGCUGCCAAGAUCAAAGAAACCAACUUCGACCGCCUAGAAACCCGUCUUGGAGAUUUGGCCAAGGUUGUCGAGAAGCUUAGGGAGUUCACGCCUGAAGAUGACAGCCCUGGAGCAACAAGCCCUACCGGUUUGGAUCGAGUUAACUCGUUGGCCGAAUCGGUUCGUUCGGCUAAAUUUGAGGUACCUAAGUUUGAAGUUCCCAAGUUUGAAGUGCCCAAGGUGUCUUUCGGAUGGAAAAAGAGCGCUGCUCCCUCGCCGAUCGAGAAGAAACCGGAAGAGUUUCCUAAAGCCCCAGUCCCUGUUCCCGAGGCUCCUGUAGAUAAGUUCCAGGUCUUGAACGACUGUAUCGAAGAGACUAUCAAGGUUCUCAACGACGCAGAUGCUCCAGUCACGGCGUACAAUGCGGGGCUGCUAUUGAACGCAAAGACCGAUACACUCAAUUCCCUGAGCGAAAGCGGAGACCAGGAUGAAGAAAAGCGAGAAAAGCGAAUGGUCUGCCCCAACCCGAUCACAGUGAGUAGUGGUGGUAUCCGCGGUAUCUUCGAUAUUCAAAGGGUAGUCGUCACAAUGCUCGAGCCCAAAAAGCUCCGAUCUCGAGUCCGCACCGCGGUCAGCGGCCAAAAGAUUGACGGAUGGUGCACCGUCAGCACGGGACUCGCCAUGGCCCUGGUCUCAUUCUCCUGCGAGCGCGACCAGCUGCAACAGCAACUCGACCUAUCAGAAGUCAUCAACAAGAGCAUCGACCCCGACGAAACUCCCGCCGACGGCGAUAACCCAACCCCCAUCCAACAAAACGGAAAGCAGACGCUCCGCAGCCAACUCCGACUAGAGAAAACUCGCGAAAAGAUCCGCGUCGCACGCAUGAUCUCCUUCGUUCAAAAGCCCAACCUGGACAGCGUCGCCGGAGAAUGGGUCCUAGCUCGAUUCUCAGGAGCCCCCGGAGCGAAAUGGUUCCUCUGCCUUUUGGAACUCGGCGCCGGAAAUGACUUCUACGGACGUCGUAUCCCAACCGAUGCAUUUAGCUUCGAGGAUGCAGCACCUGAGCAAGGGUUGACGGAGUACUGGCACCAGUUCACCACGGAGAAGAAGGCGCGAACUUGCGAUACGCUUGAUAUGUAUCUGAAUCGACAGAAGCUUUGGAAGAAUGCUGGUGCGAAUAUGCAUGAGAUGCAGAAGAUGCAACACACGCAGGAAAUGCAGGCUUCUCAUGAGAAAGAUGAGAAGGAUCAUCUUGAUUGGGAUAUGGCGAUGGAGAUUAUGCAGAAUCUUUCGCUAGAUACGCUGGAGAAGACUAUUAAUUUGGGUAAGAUGACGGGCUAUGGAAUUGGAGGAUUGGGUGCGGAGCUUUGGGCGCAGCAUUUGGAAUCGAGGAUUGAGAAGUGUGCUUUGAAACGUGUGCCUAUUUCAUUGCGGACGCCUGUUAGGGACCUCGACCACAAUAGGAAGUUGCUACCUGCUAUGUUCCAUGCUGGUCGUGAGAUGCAUAUGUUCUAG